UGCGCUACCUUAAACCCUGUGUUUGCGAACAUCCUCCUUCCUCUACACUUCCUCCAUUGCUUAAAUUUGUAAGCUAUUUGCAAUUGAGUCAAAAAUCUAUGGCAGCAGCAAAGAAGCAGAAGAAAAACAAAGAGAAAUACACAUUAUCAGAACUGAAAACCCUAGGUCACCAACUUCUUUCAUCAAGAGCACACAUCAACAAUCUUCCUCUUCUCCUUUCAUUCAUCAAUCCAUCUACUCGCAGUCCAAAAUACACACUCGAAUCUCUACUUUCUCUUCAGUCAUUUUUCCUUCCUCUUCUUCCCCGACUCCCUUCUUCUACUAGUUCAGUCUCGCAGAGUGAUCCAGAGUUUAUUUAUCGUUCCAAGUUUGAUGACCUCGUGCAUUCCCUCCUUUAUAUUGCUAUUUGUUCCGAAUCCGAUGAAGCACUCAGAGAAGUUGUGUUGGAUACGUUGAUGGAGUUUGUGAAAGUUGGAAAUGGUGGGAAGUUUCACUCUGCUAUUUACCACAGGCUUCUUGAUCGCAUUGUUCAUUCCUCCCUCGAUGUCCAUGAUGUUUUGCUCGAUUUGCUCUCAUCGAAGUAUUUUAAGUACAUUGAUAUACGAUAUUUUACUUAUAUCAGCUUCAAAAAGCUUUCCCAAAGCAUAGGAGCCAAAGAUAUCUCGGAUGAUAGAAGGGAGGGCCUAGACACUAGCAGUGUGAACAAGCCAGAAUCAAGCUUGGACCUCUCAGUUCACAAGUUAUAUUAUCUACUAUCACGUAUCCCUCCCUUGGAAGGUUCAGAUGUCAAGUCAAAAUAUGAUAUGUGGAAAGCUGCAGAAUAUGGUUGCUGGCUUUGCUUAUGCAUCACUAAUCUCCAUCUGAGGCACCAAGUCAAAUGUAUAUUUACUGGAAAAGAAAAUGAGAAAGAGCACACCGGAAAGCAGUGCAAGGAUGAAUCAACUAAUAUCAAGGUUUUAUCUCCAGCCAACAUUGCAAAAAAGAUGAAACUGAGAUUUACUAAAGCCUGGAUAUCAUUCCUUGGACUUCCACUUCCUGUUGAUCUUUACAAAGAGGUUCUGGUGAACCUUCACCAAGUUGUUAUUCCCUAUCUGUCUAACUCUCUCAUGUUGUGUGAUUUCUUAACCCGGUCAUAUGAUAUUGGCGGGGUAGUCAGUGUGAUGGCUCUUAGCAGCUUAUUCGUUCUCAUGACACAACAUGGUCUUGAUUACCCCAACUUCUAUGAAAAGCUUUAUGCUCUAUUGGAACCUUCUAUUUUUAUGGCAAAACAUAGGGCUAGGUUCUUCCAGCUUCUUGAUUCAUGCUUGAAAUCACCACUUCUUCCUGCAUAUUUGGCAGCUUCAUUUUGUAAAAAACUCAGUCGGCUAUCACUUGCCGUCCCUCCUUCAGGAGCAUUAGUCAUUGUCGCUCUAAUUCAUAAUCUCUUGAGGAGACAUCCUUCCAUAAAUUGCUUGGUGCACCAGGAGGGUGGUAGUGAGACUACUACAGACAUUAAAAGUGCAGAGAGUAGUGGGGCUGAUGAUAGCAACAACGUCUCCAGUCCCAGCAGAUUAAAAUCAAGCAUGAAGACUGGCAUUGAUCCUUUUGAUGACAAGCAGACUGAUCCGUUGAAGACUAACGCAAUGAGGAGUUCUUUGUGGGAAGUUGACACACUUCGUCAUCACUACUGCCCACCGGUUUCAAGAUUUAUUUUGUCCCUUGAGAAUGAUUUGACAGUAAGAGCUAAAACUACUGAAGUUGCAGUCAAAGAUUUCAGUUCUGGUCCAUAUGCAACAAUUUUUGGUGAUGAGAUUAGGAAGCGAGUUAAACAGGCCCCCCUUGCAUUCUACACAGCAACUCCAACUUUGUUGUUUUCGGAGUCUGAUUUUCUAGGUUGGACUUUCAAAUUGAAGGAAGAUAAGGAUAGUACUGUAGUUCUCGACAAUAUAUCCAAGGAAAAAGGUCAUUUUUCUGCGAAGCAAAGUCGAGGGGAGAGCGAGCUCUCAUGAUUUUACCGGAACCAAAUGGUUCUCAACCUGAUGUAAAUGUUCGUUACUAAUUUUUUGUUUCUAAUUUGUAUCAUGAUCAAAUCAAAUUUCUCAUUUCUUUCGGGAAGCAAAUCUUUUGACAGUUUCACUAAGCUAUAUUUUAAUGCAUAGUGGCUUGUUAGCAUUUAUUC